UUUGAAAAUUGUGGCGCCGACGUUUUCUAAGUAAUCCUUGUUAGUUGACCAAGAUAAUCUUAGGCCAGUCGCCACCCUAGUGCUCUUUUAGCACACCGAAUUGGCGUUAAAAACCACGAAUGUACAUUUACACGUCAUCUGCGAUAAUAACUAUUUGUAACGUUUAUUUAUUUACCCUAUAGCAAACAAAAAAACCCCCCACAAAACGCCUGUGCCUCUUUAGUUUGUAGAAAAAAAAAUAAGGUUGAAUGAGUUUUUUUUUUAAAAAUUAUUUAAUCACGCCUACAGCUAUUUACUAAACACUUCUUUGUGGUUGAAAUAAUCGGUAUUAAACCCUCUUGGAGAGAUUUAGAGACACGAGGACAGCGUUAACAAGAAAUUUCUGUUGAAGUUACCAGAAAGUCUAGUUUGAGUAGUUCUUGCUUGUUAUAUCGUAAAUAUAUCGAAUUUCAGCUGAGCACCAUCGUUUAAACUCUUCAAAUGUCUAAUUUUGGAAGAUCGUUACAACUAAUGGCUUUAGAUUGUAAUUCGUCGAUAACUAAAGGCGAAAACAAUGGAAACUUGCAUUCCCCUGUUACAAAUCUGGCGAUGAACCUAAGUGAACUUAGAACUGACAGGUCAACUCCCAAAAGACGUUUAUCGCUAAAUACCGUGGACAGUGGGCCAAUAUUAUCAGGUUGUUUUAAAGACUCUCCGACUCCGUUCUAUUCACCUUCCGAGGAAUAUAGAAUCAAACCACAGAAUCCUUCCUUUUUAAAACAGAGUUCUCUUACAAAUAGUGAAACACCUCCACUAUUUGAUGUGAAAAACCUUGAAUACGCGGGUAGUUCUUUGGAGACUGAACAAGAUGAUAGCAAUUCAAGAGACAGUGGCUUGGGUUAUGAAAAAGAAAGGGAGGACCAGUUUCAGUUUGUGCCACCCUUGGGAAUGCCACCACGUAAAGUGAAAAUGUUUGAGGACAGUUUGGACUUCCAAAUCAAUCGAAAAUUUCAUCGCUCUCUCUCCGCUCCUUUAAUAAAGAAAGAGGAUAUUGAAUUUUUGCAACGAGAUAACAGCCCCAAAAAACCAGAGAAUGAAAGAGAUGAUGGUUUCUCUGAUCAUUUGGAAACAAUGGACACAGCAGCAGAGACGGUAUCAGACAGCAUCAAAAGCCUCAUUGAAGCACCAUUAUCUUCACAAGCUCUGGAGAAUGCUGAAAACACAAACAGCUACACAUAUGGAAGUUCCUUAGACACACCAACUACUAUGCGUGUUGCAAAAUCCAUAUUCCGCACACAAUCCUUCGACAUCAGAAGGCGUUCCAUAAACAAGCGUGAUCGAAUAAAAGAUGAAAAUACACCUGUCUAUCAAAAACGGCGAAGACCAACAAAUGGAAAGGUAUCCCCAAUUUUAAAACGUUCUCACUCAGAGACAGAGGCGCAGAUCAAGGCAGCUGUUCAGAGAAUAUCACAUAAUCCAUCUUUAAUUGGAGAUGCAUCAAAGACAUACUGCUUACCAACAAUAACCGGAAAACAUGGAUAUCUGAAGUCAGUUACUCCUCAAACUGUAAAAGAAUUAUUACACGGGCACUAUGAUAAUGAAAUAAAUUCUUACUCCAUAAUAGAUUGUCGCUAUCCGUAUGAAUUUGAAGGUGGACAUAUUAAGAAAGCAGAAAAUCUUUAUGAUGAAAACAGCAUUUAUAAGAAAUUUUUAGAAAAUCCUCCAAAAAUGAGUGAUUCUGCAAAAAGAGAUAUUGUUGUAUUCCAUUGCGAAUUUUCUUCUGAAAGAGCACCAAAGUUAGCAAAAUUCCUAAGAAGCAGAGACCGAAAUGCAAAUGAAAGCUGUUAUCCUUAUCUGUAUUACCCCGAAAUUUAUAUUCUUGAUGGUGGUUACAAAGCUUUCUUCGAGAAAUGCAUGGAAUUUUGUGAACCUCAAACCUACAAGCCAAUGUUACACAGUGAUCAUUCCAGUGAUUUGAAACACUUCAGAGGAAAAUCUAAGUCAUGGGCUGGAGAAAGAACUCAUCGAAGUGGUUUACGGCAGUUAAACUUUUAGAUAUUACAGAUUCACUAAAAUAUUCAUUUUUGUGUGUGUUUGAGUGUUUGCUGAAAGAUAUAAAACGACUUAUUGGAAAAAGUA